GAAUUCAAAAGCAGUGGGGAAGAGAUGGUGGACCUAUCACAGCAUUGGUAACAGACAGCCUAUUACAGUAUUUAAUAAAAACAGAAACAGCAUGCUUAUCAUAGGCUAAUAAAUCCUACCUUCUGCACGCUUUGAAAACAGUGUGAAGCAGCUUUAACGGAGCUCCCGAUAACUAAUUUCAAGCAUGGCUGUCUAGCGUGCCUGUCACUCCUAUUGUCCUUCCAAACUCUUUCAGACAUUUUGAGGAGGGAGUAUUAAAGCUAUGAGUUAGCAAGGGUUGUGACAUUAAUGGUCCAAAAAGGCUUUAGGCACGAGAGGUAACGAUGAUUACCGGUGGCUAUUUGGAGGACUACACUGGAUCUCUGUCAUUAAAAAUUAAGCGUGGCUUUUGAGGAAGAUGUGACAACUACCAGAGGUCUUUUGGCCAUUCUUCCAGGACUUCUACUAUAAGGAAAGGAGCCCCUGGACCUACAUCCUCUAAGAUGUUUAUAUGGACCAGUGGCCGGACCUCUUCAUCUUACAGACAUAAUGAAAAAAGAAAUAUUUACCAAAAAAUCAAGGACCACGACCUCCUGGACAAAAGGAAAACAGUCACAGCACUGAAAGCAGGAGAAGACCGGGCCAUUCUCCUGGGACUGGCCAUGAUGGUGUGCUCCAUCAUGAUGUACUUUCUGCUGGGAAUCACGCUCCUCCGCUCAUACAUGCAGAGUGUGUGGACCGAAGAGUCUCAGUGCACCUUGCUCAAUGCAUCCAUCACAGAAACAUUUAAUUGCUCCUUCAGCUGUGGUCCAGACUGCUGGAAACUCUCUCAGUAUCCCUGCCUCCAAGUGUAUGUGAAUUUGACUUCUUCUGGGGAAAAAUUCCUUCUCUACCACACUGAAGAGACGAUGAAAAUCAAUCAGAAGUGCUCCUAUAUACCUAAGUGUGGAAAAAACUUUGAAGAAUCAAUGUCCCUGGUGAAUGUUGUGAUGGAAAACUUCAGGAAAUACCAACACUUCUCCUGCUAUUCCGACCCAGAAGGAAACCAGAAGAGUGUCAUCCUAACCAAACUCUACAGUUCCAAUGUGCUGUUCCAUUCACUCUUCUGGCCCACGUGUAUGAUGGCUGGGGGUGUGGCAAUCGUCGCCAUGGUGAAACUAACGCAGUAUCUCUCUCUGCUCUGUGAAAGAAUCCAAAGGAUCAAUAGAUAAGAGCAAAAAUGGAUGAGAUAAUUUUUAUUUAAAGCUCAAAUACUGUUUUCUUUCAUUCUUCACCAAAGAACCUUAAGUUUGUAAUGUGCAGUCUGUUAUGAGUUCCUUAAUAUAUUCUUAUAUGUAGAGCAAUAAUGCAAAAGCUGUUGUAUAUGCAAACAUGAUGUCUUUAUUAUUCAGGAGAAGAAAUAACUGUUUUCUGUU